AAAUCCAAGACACGAGCCCUACACUACUAUGUUCCAAAAGUUAAGUCCUACAGUGUACAAAAGUUCACAUUUACAGCAACGAGCUCUAUUACUCUCUACUCACACAGAAAAUUACAAGAGUUCUCAGAUCCCCAAUUAAUAAGUACAUUUAACUUCAUGAGUUAGUAUGCGGAGGAAAACGCUCCACUUCAAACUCAUGUUAAUUCUCUUCUCAGUUGUUUUCAUAAACACAGCACGGAGAAUCUAAUUUGGCUUUGUACCCAUUAAAAAAGAAAAGCUGAAGGAGAAUACUCUCUCUAGAAAGAAAAAUUCAGCGUUGAAGGCGGUGGUGAGUCAGAAACUAAAAGGAAGCCAAGGGAGUAAAGCAGCAUCCCAGAUAGAGCCAUAACUUUUGAACUAUAUUUGGGAAAGCACUGGCCAGGAAAAAAAAAAUGAUAAAAUUCUUCCUUAUGGUGAAUAAACAAGGACAGACCCGACUUUCCAAGUACUAUGAACAUGUGGACAUGAACAAGCGUACACUGCUGGAAACAGAGGUCAUAAAGACCUGCCUGUCUCGAUCCAGUGAACAAUGUUCUUUCAUUGAAUAUAAGGAUUUCAAGCUGGUCUAUCGGCAGUAUGCGGCCCUCUUUAUUGUGGUAGGAGUUAAUGACACGGAGAAUGAGAUGGCCAUUUAUGAAUUCAUCCAUAAUUUUGUGGAAGUUUUAGAUGCCUACUUCAGCCGAGUGAGUGAACUAGAUGUAUCCUUUUUCAAUAGUGACCUCCAGGGCAUGGGAGGGCAACUGUAGUUCCAAUGAG